AUGACCAGGAACGCACAACCUAAGCCAUAUUCUCGUCCCAGUAACACUGACUCUGCACAUCUUGACUCGCCGGUGGAAUUUCUACGUCAAAUCGCCUCUGAAUGUCAACAUCAAGGCCCUGGAAAUCCGGACUAUGCUCAGUACAAGCAGGCCGAAGCCGACUACGCGCUGGCUCUAAAACCCAAUAGGCGGGCUAAAGCCCUUAUUGACCAUGCGACUUUCGAAGAUAUCUGGGCAGUGCUUCAUGGACUCGACCGUAGGACUCCACAAUUCCGCUUUUGGGUUAGAAAGAUGUUCACGCUAGGGCCGCCGCCCGAGGACCUUCCCGGGCUUCCAUUCCAUCGCGACUCUCCCGACUUGGUGGUUCUUCACGAAGGCCUGCCGAUCGCGCUGCAGGAACAUAUAUACGACAUUCUCUGCUACUGCCACGAACUUAGCGGACACGGCGGUCGCGAUAGGACAUGCGCAAUCACGCGGUCACGCUAUUCCUGGAUCCCUAAAGACCUUAUAGCGCGGUUCAUCAAGCAUUGUCCAACUUGUGGGACAAAGAAAGGGUGCAGCAUCAAUGUGGCCUUUCCUUCUCCUGCUCUUGGUGUCGUUGAUCAGCGUGAUUAUAAUGACGAACUAUCGCAACUACAGGAAAAGUUAUCUCAUAUCGCCGAAGAGCAGGCGGAAGAGGCGUCAGACGGACCAAGUACUUCCUCAGAAGAUUCUGGUCUAUCUCGGCGCUAUUCAACUACUUCGUCGUCAUCUAAUACUUCUACAACUGCUGUCGAGUCUUUCCCCCAUCAUACUGAGCCUCCGAUGCUGUGGCUGGCCGCGACUGGAUUAGCUCCUGGAGUUCGCGACCGCUUCAUGGCCAAGUCUGAAUCGGCAUCUGACACUUCCUCCCUUCCGAUGUCGCGUUUCUCGUCCUCGACUGCUAGUUCUUCAAGCGCCUCCAGCACUCCCAUGUCUCGCGAAGUCUCUUUGUACGGCGGAUUACCAAACGGUUGGCAGUAUGUCUCCGAAUACCACGAUGCCUACAACAAGUUCGCCGAGAACAAGUUGCGGCAUCUUCCUCGGGAGGCUGAGCGAUUGGCAAGGAGGGAAAUGCAACUGCAUCCCAGGGUCCCUAGUGUUGCGCCGUUAGGAGCUGCCAUUUAUUCAGACGCGGAUGAAGAUGACUUGGUCAUUCUACCGCCCAUCGACGAGCCUCCGAAGCAACCCUCCGAAUUGCCCGGCGAAUUGCCCGAACUUCGCUCCUUGCAACCUACCUCGCCUCAAAUCGACCCAAAGCUCAUGCAACUUCAUGCACACAAUGACCCAGAUCCUCGCUUCGUUUCCUUUUACGAUAGGGCUAACAACGCUGGCCCAGCUUGGUCUGAUUCUGGAUGCUAUGUCGUUCAUGAUCCCUCCCUCGACCCUCCAGACGCGACCGUUCACGCACAUUAG